UUGUUUCUUUUAACUGUCUUCUUCCGAGUUGACUACCGCUGCCCUUUUGAGAUUGUACCGGUGUGAAUCAUAAAAGCAGAGAAUGUUAGAAACAUUUAACAGAUGCUGUAAAACUUAAACAUUUUAAGUUAAAGUGAUCUGACUCUCUACCCUUUCUCGCCAUAGGACGCUACCUGAUUAAGGAUGAAACGAGAAGACAGGUGUUUUCAAAUUUGAUUUUAGAUCUGCAUCAAAAGUGGUCUACUUGGUGUAUGGUGUCAAUCCUAAUGAGUAAGAAAUCAAUACUGUCAUUAUUAUUGUACUUUCUUUCACAGCGGAGGAAAUUUAAUAACAAUCACAGUCCUGGUGUUUAGAGCUCCCCAUUUCCAACUUCCGGCCGAGAAGCAUCCUUUCACAUGCUUGACAGCUAAAGGAAUCGUUCUCACUAGGAACCUGGAAGCAGCCAAUUAUCACUCUUCUCCUUAUCAGUCUUCUUUUCUUUCUCUCUUCUCUAGCUGUCCUAACUGUGUGUGUUUACUGACUGUCCCCACAGAGACUACAAGUUAGAUGCACGCCCCCUAGAGGAUCACAGUCACAGAGAACAACACCCACUUGUUCAUUCCACACUCAACAGUAGCUCACACCUGACAUUACACCCUGACACUUUUUGUUUGCCAUUUGUUUUUGUUUUCUUUUGUCCUUUUCUCUCUCUCUCCCCUCUAGGUCUGUGUCAGUGUCGGUUAUAGGUCUUCCCCCUCACAGCCGCAAACAUGGCUCGCCCUAAAGACCCUGUUGGCCACUGGAAGGACCUAGAAGCAUGGCUAAGUGUUGCAACGGACAGCCUCCUCCCUAAAGCCGCCGAAAAGCUAAAGCAUCUGACACAGGACCAGCUGGAUGAGAACCUGAGCAGCCUUAUGAAGCAAGACCCGAGCAAAAGCUACAAUCACAAAGACCUAGCCAAGAUCACAGGUACUUUGAGUCACGUCCUUAUCGCCACCCUCAAGCUGAGUGACAGGCAUUCCGCCCAGCUCCAGCACAAGCUGACACAUGUGCAGACCCGCAUCAACCAGCUAGAACUGGAGGCUCAGGAACGACGGGAACAGCCAGAUGAGACUGAUCAAACUGCCAAAGAGGAGAUCGAUAAACUUCAAGAGACUCUUGCCGCCACCACCCAAGAAAUGGAGCAAGCCAAAGCCGACCAUGCUGACGUUGCUAACAAGCUUGAGUAUGUCGAACAGCUACUGGAAGAGGUAAAUGCUGACUCUAAAGACAAGGACAGCAGAAUCAAAGCCCUCGAAACUCACCUGAGUGAAGCUAGACAUGAGGUCAGACGACUAACGCAGCAGCAGGACUACAUCAAAGAAGAGUCCAACAGCAUUAAAGAUGAACCCAAGCAUGCAUAUGAACUGACACACAAUGAGAAAGCUGAGGGGUCACUGCCAAAACCCUCACCAUCUCCUUCUGUUCCAGACAGCCACAUAUCACCAUGUGGCCUGAACCUCAGAGACCUUGACAAGCUAGUCAAGAACCUGGGCAAGUUCAAGCCGAAUUUGCUAGGUAGCCAAGAUGUUCACGCCUAUCUGCAAGACAUUGACUUUCACCUGGAAAUGAGACCCAAUGUCACUAACAAAGAUAGACUGUAUUUGCUCAGAGCAACCUCCAGCCCUGAAGUGUGCAGAUUCCUGGACCGUCAGCCAGCUCACACAAAGACUGACUACCUCCUGCUCCGAGAAGCCCUCAUCAGAGAGUUUGUUGACAUCGAGUCUGAACAAGGACUUGUAGCUGCCCUGGAGACAAAGCAAGGUCGCCAUGAGUCUUCUCAAGCCUACUACAGCAGACUCAGAUGA